AUGUCACGUGACCCUUGUGUACUUAGCGCACACAUUUUGUUUCUUUCCAACCCAGCCAGAAUGAAAAACUGGAACGGGGCCCGCCCCACCGCACAACAGUUGCAGCAGCUCACGCCGGCGCAGCGGCAAGCGCUCCAGCAGCAGCUCCAGGCCCGAGCCAACGGCUCUCCGCUUCUUCAGCAGCAGUUGCGGCAAGCGCGGUCCAAGUUGGGAAACUACCAUUUCGCUUCCACCACGAGCGAAAUCUUGCGCAAGUACGCCAAGUACCCGCCGCUGCUCACGUUCCACAUCUACGACACCCACUUUCGCUUCAACAACACGCAGGACCUGAGCAUCAUCCCGCGGAACAGCCCAAUGGCCCGCAGCUUUCUCACGCACAUUUUGCGAGAGGAGAUUCCGACGGAAAUGGCCGAGUUGUUGAAGGACUUUGCCGUGCGCUUCUACGACGGCUGCCUUGUGUUGCAGGUGUACGACCACCGCACGCGUGGCGGCAACGCCAGCAAUUCGAACGCGAGUGCCAAUGGGAAUGGGAAAUCCAGCGAUUCGAAAGACGGCGAGCAGGGCGGAGAGAGCAAUGGCACAGCGGCGCUGGACAAGACGGGCGCCAAGAACGUGCGGCCGAAAACGUACCGGACGCUUUUGCGCCCGACGCCGCUUUCUCUCUACUACGACUUGCUCUACCAUACCGACUCGGCGCUCACCAAGUUCACCGACCAGCUUUCAUUGCAGAUGGAGGCGGAGAUCCUCAAUCUUACACAGCGCAAAGUGGACUUGUCUGUGCCGUUGAACCCGUACGUGCACGACGAGUAUCUUCGGCCCGAGUCCGAGUACCCGAAAAAGGUUUGGGACAAGAAGACAGGCGACUGGAAAAUGGUGCAUUCGCAUCGCGACGAGGUGCCACGCGUGCUGCGCCGCUUGCACGAGGACCUGCUUGUGAUCCACCGCUCGUCCGAGUAUGAGGAGUUGAUGUGCCUUCUUUCGAACAACUACAAAGCUCCAGACGCUUCCGCAGCCAAACGGUUGGUUGUGGUUGGCCCGUCAGCCACGACAGCCGAUCCACUGAGUCUCGAGGCUACUCCUGCGCCGGACAAGACCAAACGCGACAAGCCGGCGUCGUCUGUGCUCGGAAACGCCACGUCCAACCAGUUUAUGCGCUUGAGGUUUAUCGAGGAGAUCCGAAAACGGAAGGAGUCCCAAAAGGCGGCUGCGGCAGCAGUGGCCGUGCCUCGGGACGCCAUGGCGGCACAGCGGCAGCAGCACAUGAAGCAGCAGCAGCAACAGCAGCAGCAGAAUCUACAUCAGCAGAAUCUCCACCAGCCACAAAAUCCGCAAGCGGUGCCAACGCAGCAAAAUCCGGGGCAAGCCAUGCCAAACUCGCAAGUGGGAAGCGGACAGCAAAACCCACAGUUGCGGCAGCAAUUGCAGCAACAACAACAACAGCUGCUGCCGCAGCAACAGAUGCACCAGAUGGGCCAAAUGGGCCAGAUGGGCCAGAUGGGCCAGGCGCAGAACGGGCCCAUGCAGAUGCAAAACAGCCAGGGCGCCCAAAACGCGCAGUAUGGCCAGGCGCGUUUUGCCCAGACCCGCCCGCAGAUGACCAAACAGGCGCAGCUCAUGCGCGCGCAACAGCUCCAGAUCCAGCAGGCGCGGCAGCAGCAGAUGCGCGCGCAGCAGCUCCAGGCGCCGCCCGCCAAGCGCGCCAAGAUGGCGCCUGCCCUCAACCAGAACCUCAAUCCCAACCAGCACAGUCCUACGGUUCCAGCACAAAACAUCCCGUCGCAGAACGUGGGCCAGAAUAUGCCGUCGCAAAACGUUUCUCAGCAAAACAUGUCUCCGAACAUGUCUCAGAAUAUGUCUCUGAACAUGUCGCAGAACAUGUCCCCCAACAUGGCCCAAAACGUCCCGGCGCAAGCAGGAAGUCCGUACGGCUUGUCGCCGCCAGGCUCUGGUCUAGCCACCCCCGUUGUGCCCAGCGGCAUGCCCACGCCGCAGAUGGGCCUCUCGUCGCCACAGAUGGGCCAGAUGGCUCUGCCCAAUGUCAACCGCAUGGCGCCGCGGCCCGCCACACAACCGUCCGCUCCCGUGCCUCUGGCGCAGCAGCAACAGCAGCAAAUCUUCCAGAUGUCCUUAACGCCGCAGGAGCAGCACACGUUCCGCCAGUUGCAGGCCCGGAUGAAUGCCCUUGUGCAGAUGGGCAAUACAGGCGUGGCGCCCAACAGGAGCAGGCUCACGCCUCCACAGCAGCAGCAGGCGAUGCAGCAAGCAAAACAUAUCCAGCAGCAGUUGUUGCAGCGGUUUCCGACGUAUUUCCAAAGGCUUCGGCAGUUCCAGCUUCUCCAACAGCAACGACGGGCAAUGCGGCCACAACAGCAACAACAGCCGCAACAUCAACAGCAACAGCAACAACAGCAACAACAACAACAGCAGCAACAACAACAACAACAACAACGACAACAGCAGCAACAGCUUCAGCAACAACUCCAACAACAGCAACUCCAGCAACUGCAGCUCCAGCAACAACUGCAGCUCCAACAACAGAUUCCCCAGCAACAAGUUCAACAGCCGGACUUGGAUAUGUAUAUGGGGAUGAACAUGUCACUGCCCAUGAUGCAGCAGCAAAUGAUGGGGCUGCCCAUGAUGCAACAGAUAAACAAGAACAUGAAAAACUAG